AUGCUUAGCUCUCGACCGGUCGUCGCCAUUGCAGGAGCUACUGGGCAUCUGGGAAGACAUGUCGCUUCUGCCUUUCUCUCUCCUUUCUUCCGCGGCAAAUUCUCCGACAUUAUUCUUCUUUCUCGGAAAGAAGCUUCCAGUAUUGAUGGAUUUGAAUCAACUACGAACUAUACUCUUCGCAAAUACGACGAGGACAAUCUUGCCAAGGCUCUCGAAGGCGUUCAAGUCCUCGUGAACACGGUCGGGCCGUCGGGCCAUUCCUUCAAGGAGAAGCUUCUGCAAGCACUGCCACAAACAGAGGUGCAAAUCUAUUUCCCCUCUGAAUUCGGAGUCGAUCAUUAUGUCCACGAUUUUGCACAUCUCGAAUGGGACCAGAAGAAGAAACAUUUUGCUUUGUGCCAACAAUUGAUUCCGGACAUGAAGGUCUGCCGUCUCUUUUGCGGUCUCUUCUUAGAAGACAGUAUCGGCCCUUGGUUCGGAUUCGACACGAAAAAUGGCAAGUACGAAAGCAUUGGACCGCCCGAUCGUCUAAUCUCGUUUACCUCGCUUGGCGAUGUCGGAAAAGCAGUCGCUGCGUUGGCUACACUCCCAAGCGAUCUAGCUCCGAGCACUAUUCAUGUUGGUGGUGACACGCGCUCUAUCUCGGAGAUUGCUUCCAUCAUGGGAGCUGCUGGGGCCGGAGAGAUUGAAGUGACAGAAAUAGCGCUUGCUGAAUACAAAAAAGAGAAGACAGCCAAGCUGUCUUCCGACCCGGCGGAUUACUUGCGGUUCCUGGCGGGAGAGGACAAAAUCGACCAUACGGAUGCAGGUCUCGGUGACGACAAUGAGCUGGUCAAUCCUCAGCAGUUGCUAUGGGAGUGGUCCACUCUUACUGAUCUGGCUAAGAGUACAAAUGGAAAGCCAUGGGAAGAUUAUGAUUGGCCGCCGCAAUGA